CUCCAAUCCCAGUCCCAGACUUAUUAUUACUUCUCUCUCUAGCUAGCUAGCACCGCCUUUUGUCUUUGUAGACUCGCGAAGAAGAAGAAGAUCACGAUGGUGAACGCAGAGCUUGCUCGUACAGUCGUCGGCAUUAUCGGAAACGUCAUCUCUUUUGGACUCUUCCUCUCCCCUGUGCCGACGUUCUGGAGGAUAUGCAAGAAGAAGGACGUGGAGGAGUUCCAGCCGUACCCGUACAUCGCCGCCGUGAUGAACUGCCUGGUGUGGGUCUUCUACGGCACCCCCGUCAUCACCCCGAACAGCGUCCUGGUCGUCACCAUCAACUCCAUCGGCCUCGCCCUCGAGCUCAUCUACCUCUCCAUCUUCGUCUUCUACGACCGCCACAACAAGGGCCGCAAGAAGGUCUUCCUCGGCCUCCUCGGCGAGGUCCUGCUCUUCGGCGUCAUCAUCGCCGUCGCCCUCGCCGGCUUCCACACCCAGCACUCCCGCAACAUCACCGUCGGGAUCGUCGCCGACGUCUUCAACAUCAUCAUGUACGCCUCCCCGCUCGCCGUCAUGGCCAAGGUGUACAAGACCAAGAGCGUCGAGUUCAUGCCGCUCUGGCUCUCCGUCGCCAACUUCGCCAACGGCAGCAUCUGGACGGCCUACGCUCUCAUUCACGGGAUCGACUGGUUCAUUGUGGUGAGCAAUGAGCUGGGAGCUAUCUUUGCGGUGGUUCAGCUGGUGUUCUAUGCCUACUUCUCCACCAAGUACGGUGGUGCUUCCAAGCCGGCGGAACCCAAGUCGGAGGUCCAGCUAUCUGACGUCACUACCACCGUUUGAAGUCCAACAUGAUCGAUCACACGUCAACCAUCGUUGUCAUCCUCAUCGGAACUGCCUCGUUUCAUUCAGUCCAUUUAUGACUUGUUACUCACUUUGGUGGAUUUUCGACUUCUUAUAGAUUUUUACGGUUAAUUCGGCUGUAACUAUGCGGAUGUUACAUCGAUCUUCUAGGCUAGCUGUCAAUAUAUGUGAUUGAUUUUGUUGACUCUGGUAAAUUGGUAAUGAUCAGAGGUUCAGGAUUGUGUCAAAGUGAAUAUGAUAGGGAUAAAUGGUAACAAACCUUUGCACUUAGUACAAAACGGUCACAAACUUUUAAUUUUUAACAAUACGGUAACAAAACUUUGAAAUUGUA